UUUUCAGAUCUUGGAUUUGAAGGGUGUAUUGAGCAUGUUUGGCAGGACACCAUUGUAUAUCUUGAUGAUGAUUCUGACCCCAUUCUGAUUGGUCGUGCUUAUGGACGCGUUUGUCGAACCAAACUACAUGAGGAGCUUUUAAGAAUGUGUGUGGAGUCAGGUGUUUCAUACCUCAAUUCAAGGGUGAAAAGUAUUGUUGAAGCUAGCAAUGGCCAUAGUCUUGUAGCCUGUGACCGCGAUACCAUAGUUCCCUGCAGGCUUGCUACUGUUGCAUCAGGAGCUGCCUCAGGGAAGCUUUUGCAAUAUGAGGUCGGUGGGCCAAAGGUGUCUGUUCAAACAGCUUAUGGUGUGGAGGUUGAGGUGGAAAACAAUCCAUACGAUCCCAACCUAAUGGUUUUCAUGGACUACAGAGACUACACAAAGCAAAAAGUUUCAUCUUUAGAAGCAGAAUAUCCAACAUUUCUUUAUGCCAUGCCAAUGUCCCCAACAAGAUUUUUCUUUGAGGAAACUUGCUUGGCUUCUAAAGAGGCCAUGCCUUUUGAUUUACUGAAGAAAAAGCUCUUGUCAAGGUUAAAGACAAUGGGAAUCCGUAUUAUAAAAACUUACGAAGAGGAAUGGUCUUGGAUUCCAGUUGGUGGGUCCUUACCAAAUACUGAGCAAAAGAACCUAGCAUUUGGUGCUGCCGCUUGUAUGGUACAUCCAGCCACAGGGUAUUCAGUUGUGAGGUCUUUGUCAGAGGCUCCAAAAUAUGCUUCCGUGAUUGCAACUAUUUUGAAGCCGGGUCAUUAUAAGGCCAUUCCCGGCCGUCAAAUAAGUAAUGAGAACAUCUCGAUGCAAGAGAUAACUAUACUGUCAUGA